GACAGAUUUACGUAACAGACGUAAAUAUUUAACGUCGGUAGAAUUCAAACGGACAGAAACAAGAUGGCCGACUUUCGAGACGUUAAGUUGAAUUCGAACGAAAACAAAACGAAUUGUGCAAACGUAGAACGAUUGGACGAUUAUUCCGAAGCGGAAUUUCGUGGAGCGACUCUUUCUUUAUCUCAGGAUGCGGAAACUCCGAUGUUGUCACCGAACGAGAACAGUCAAGGGACCAUCAGUCCGAGUGCAUCCGAUUCCAUGCUGAGAAGCAAAAAUGACGAUAAUGCUAAUCUCAGCAAUAAAAUGAAAGCGGAAAGAACCGGAUCAACCAGUCACCGUCCGGUGCGACCCAUGAGCGAAGAGGAAGUGAGAGAAUUCUUUGCGGUGAGGGAGGGAGCUCUCGAAAAUGCAGCCGAUCAGUGCCGACCCGUCGUCUUGGAAAACUUGGAUGGAGAAUUGCGUGGAGUGUGGCUCCUGACAGAGAUUGAUCACUGGGAUACAGAAAAAGAGAGAAUUAUAUUCCUGACAGACUACAGCGUCAUUAAUUUGAAAUACGAUUUCAUCACCCAGCGUUUGCUGGACUAUCGUCGUCUACAUCUGACAAUGUUCGACCGCAUCAUUGUCGGAGAACUGAAAUAUCCAGAAAGUUCUCUCAUGCCGAAGCUCAACGGAGCUGUCGGUUUCAUAAAGGAAUGGGUCGUUCCCAAAUUACGACAGACGAAUCCAAACUCUCGGUCAGCCCAGGUCCAGAACCAGAGCGACACAAAUACUGAAAACAGCACAAGAAAUCAGAUCGGAGUCAAGUGCAUGUGGAACGUGGAGCAACCAUUGCCUUUCUUAAAAAACUGGAACCCCUGGUGCCGAGAGAUCCCGUGGAUCACCUACACCUCUCAUCCCCUGGCCAAACACCAGAGUCGCCAGAAGACGAGCUACGACAUUGAAGACUUCUCCCGCCACCUGGUCCAGGCCGUGGAGCAGAUGGAUCCGGCGGCCCUUCCUCCCAACGUUCCGCCCUCGUCGAGACGGUGUGAGAUCCAGUACCAGCCGGUUGUGGUAGAGAACUACGCCGGCAUAGCCUCCGCAUUUCACAAUGCCAACGACCUAGGUUUCUUCAAGGCGCGCGGGAAGGUCAGCUUCUAGCCCGGCUCACGAAAUACAUGUUCAUGCAUUUGUCGUUAUUUUUAAUCCCAACAUUCCUGUGAUAUAUUUAAUAUAUAUAAAUAUAAACAACACCAGUUAAAUGUUCCAUUUGCCAAAUCAGUAAUGCUUUUUGCUUAAUUUCGACCAUAGAUUUUUUGACAUUCUAGUCUCGAUUUUUCAAAGUUACAGUACAAAUUGCAGGUCGACUAUGUAAGUUCCAGUCAGUUUUAUAAGAUGUACGGGCAUUUAUGAACAACUAUAUACAUAAUAUAUAUACAUCAUGCAAUCUUGUUAAGCGAAAUUGAGGUGUACAUAAUUAUUUUUUAUUGUAUUUUUGGUAAAUUAUAUGCAUAACCACCAGACGUUGCAGGCCUGUCACCCUUUCGCUUGCAGUUCGGUGUGGUAUGGUCGUUCGAUUUCCAUGUACGAUUAUUUUAACUGGAUGUAACGGUAUAAAUCACGUUUAUUUUUUAUUGUGAUUAUAACAAGAAUAAUCGGUUAAUUUGUUGUAUAUAUGGAUUUCUUUUUUUUUUUUAAUGUUUGCAACUAAGGACUUAAUAAAUGAUUGAUUAUCAGAGUAA